AUGGAAGUAAAUAAGUUCAAGGAACGAAAAGAAUAUCCAUUAAAACAUUUAUUUGAUGGAAGUGAUCUGAAUGUUUACGAAAGUAACUACAUCAAUCUAUCCGCAGGAACGCCAAAUGAGAUUUUAUUGGGUAAAUGCAAUCAGCUGUUUGAAGCUGCAACAAAACAUUUAUUGAAGUAUGAAGCUGCAAACCAUUCGUACAUCUUCCAGUAUGGACCAACAUGUGGAACUUAUAGCUUUCGAACGAAACUCGCUGAAUUCUUAUCCAAACAAUAUCAGUGGAAUGUAGAUGCUGCUGACUUGGUUCUCACUGCUGGAGCUUCGUAUGGCUUAUUAGUCAUUUUGUCAACUCUUAUGGACUUGAAUGGAGUAGUCUUUUUGGACGAAGCUACUUACAUGAUUGCUUUAGAAAGCAUAUCAGAUUUUAAUACAUUAAAAAUUGUUCCUGUAAAGCUUAAUGAUGAUGGAGUGGAUCUAAUUGAUUUAGAGGAAAAGAUUGUAAAGCAUAAAUUUAAACAUGGUGGUUCUAAAAUGUUCUGGGGAUGUUAUUACACCAUGCCUACAUAUCAUAAUCCAACAUCGAUUGUUUUUUCUGAAGGAACGUGUCAGACAAUAAUAAGAAUUGCGCGAAAGCAUGACUUGCUAAUUGUUUGUGAUGAUGUUUACAAUAUUCUGCAUUACGAUGAUGACAUAUCACCAAAGCGUUUGUUUGCAUACGAUUCUAUGGAUGAUAACGAUUAUAAAGGACAUGUCAUUUCCAAUGGAACAUUUUCAAAGAUUUUGGCACCAGGUGUUCGAGUUGGAUGGAUGGAAUGUCCACCAAGAAUCACAAAAGCUUUCCAAAAUUCUGGCUUCUUAAAAAGUGGUGGUGGAAUCAGCAAUUAUGCAUCAGGUGUCAUAACAAGCAUGAUUGAGACGGGAAAAUUAGAAGAACAUGUACAAGAAUGUUGGCACAGUUACAAAUCUCAACGUGAUGCACUGGUUCAUGCAUUGACUGAAUAUUUACCACAAAAUUGCAGUUUCUUAAAACCUCGUGGUGGUUAUUUCAUAUGGAUCAAACUGCCUGAUCAUAUUGAUGGCGAAAAGAUGUGUGAAUUUAUUCUCAAAAACUAUAAAGUCUUUAUUAUUAGAGGCAGUCGCUUCUCAAUUGAAAAUAAGUUGAGGAACUACGUACGAAUAUCUUUUGCAUUUCACGUGCCCGAGAUUUUAUCAAAAGCCGGUAAACUAUUGUGCAGUGGUAUAGAAGAUUACCUUGCAGCACACACAACACAUGAAUAA